UUUCGAUAUAAAUAUCGAUAUUUCAAAAACUUUGCAUCCCUACAUACGAGUGCGAGAGGACGUUCAUGGUGUUGUUUUUAUUUUUACGUGUUUUAUGAAAGGCACAAAAGGCUUUUUUUAUCUUUAAAAUGAGGAAUUUAAAUUUGUGGGAAGUAGCAUCCACGAAAGUAAAGAGCGACGCUAAUGAAAACUUAACCAUAUGUUACACCCAUAAUGAGUCGAAUUGCGAUGAACUGUAUACAUGUUCAUAUAACCUCAUUGUUUCAAAUUUUCGUGAUAAUGGGGAUGUAAAGUGGUCAAAAGACCUCUCUGAAAUCGUAAUGAAUAGUAGCAAGCCCGUCAAUAUUACGUAUCUUUCACUAUUAAACACUUUGUGUGUCGGAUUAGAAAAUGGUGAAAUAGUUACCUUGGCCGAGUCUGGUGAGGUUUGUGAUCUAGCAGGUGUUUGUGAAAAGGGAAUAUUGGCUAUGGAAUGGAGUCCUGAUCAAGAACUACUUGUAUUAGUUACAAAGGAAUUAAACACAAUUUUGAUGUCUUGUACAUAUGAUCCAAUCAAUGAAGUCAAUCUGCUGAACCAGGAGUUUGGUGAAAAACAAUUUAUUACAGUUGGCUGGGGUAAAAAAGAAACACAGUUUCAUGGCUCUGAAGGGAAACAAGCUGCAAGAGCUAAAACUGAGAUCAGUGCGGAUCCACUGUCUAAUGUCGAUGAUACUGUCAAAAUAUCGUGGAGAGGAGAUGGCAAUUUAUAUGUGAUCGGGUUCACUAUGGAAGGUAUCCGAAGAUUUAAAGUGUUUGAUCGAGAAGGCCACUUGCAGUACACAAGUGAAAAACAACAAGGUCUGGAAUCCAAUCUGUCAUGGCGCCCAAGCGGAAAUGUAAUUGCAACAACACAGAAAAUCAACGGCCAGUAUUUAGUUUCUUUCUUUGAAAAGAAUGGCUUGAAACACGGAAGUUUUGACAUUCCGGUAAAUUCAGAUACAACUGUUGAAGAUAUCACUUGGAGCACAGAUUCUGAAAUACUCACAUUGCAAUGUAGAAACACUGUGACAGAUUCACAGAAAUUAUUGUUGUUUACUUCUAGUAAUUAUCAUUGGUAUCAUAAACAGACAUUGGUCUACAGUUGUGAACAGAAAAUAAAAAAAAUUGUUUGGGACAAUGAUUUUGAUGUGACAAAUAAUAAAAAGUUACAUGUGUUUUUAAACAGUGGUGAACAUUUCUGCUAUUCUUGGAUAUGGAAUGUUGACCAUAGUAGAGGUCAUACUAAUGAUGACGAUGCAGUAGUUGCAGUGAUUGAUGGCACAAAAGUUUUACUCACAGGAUUUAGACAAACUGUGGUGCCACCACCUAUGGCAGCAGAUGAAGUAAAAUGCGACUUUCCCAUCAAUUCAGUACAUUUUGCACCACAAACAGUUGAUGGCGUAUGUUCUCAUAUGUUUUUUGCAGUCACACCAAAUAACAAGUUAAUAUUUUACAAGCAAAAAUGUAAAUUUCCCUUGGAAUAUCUAUGGUUAAAAACUAUAAGUGUAGUUGAUAAUAAGUUUCCAUUCCAAUAUUAUAACUGGUUUUGGAUGAACUCCUACACCAUUGUAUGUGUAACAUUAGGUAACAAUGGAGAUUACAGAUUAAUGGAAUAUAGAAUUGAAUCUGAUGAAAUUGUUGAAGUAAAUUCUGCAGAACUUCCCAAAUCUGUAACUAGAAUUCAGGCUCACCCUAAAGAGUUAUCCAAAUUAUUUCUGCAAGCAAACAAUGGCGAAAUUAUCAAGUAUUAUGAAGGAGGCUCUGCAGAACUACAAGACAUGUCUUUUGGGGUGUCCUGUCCGAAAUUCAAUGCUGUCAUAAUUGAUGAAACAUUGUACUUUAUAGGUUUGACGCAUAAGAAUAAUCUAUUUUUAAAUGGAACUAUGAUUCUAAAUGGUGUCAAUUCUUUCUAUGUUCAUACACACUUUCUUCUUUUAACUACAUUACAACAUGUUCUACUGUGUACAGAGUUAACUCAUUCAGGAAUUAAUGCAUUGACUGAAUAUCAAAAAAAUGAAUCUACAGAAAACAUUUAUAAAAGAAAAAUAGAGCGCGGAGCCAAAUUAGUAAUUGUUGUACCAAAUGAUACAAGAACAAUUUUCCAGAUGCCGAGAGGAAAUCUGGAAGCUAUACAGCCUAGACCUCUGUCUUUGAAGUUGAUAGGUGAACAUCUUGAUGCUUUAAAAUAUUAUGAAGCGUUUGAUAUUAUGAGGAAACAGAGAAUCAAUUUAAAUUUAAUUUACGAUCAUGAUCCUGAUAAAUUUGUCCAGAAUAUAGACACAUUUUUAGAUUCAGUUCAAAAUAACUCAUGGUUGAGCCUUUUUCUAUCAGAUUUAGAAAAUAUUGAUGUUACAAAAACUAUGUAUGCUAGCAGUUACAAUGGCAACCUUGAUAAAGUUAGAUCAGACACCAGUAGUAAAGUAAACAUUCUUUGCGACAUUUUAAAAUUACAUUUGAAUCAACGAAGCGACAGCGAGAGUAAAAUAUUACCAAUAUUAACAGCAUUUGUUAAGAAGAAUACAGAACAUGAACUAGAAAAUGCAUUGACUCUUAUUAAAGAACUAAAAUUAAAAGAAUCAGGUGGAUCGAAGUUGCCAGUGGGAAGUGAAGAAGCUCUCAAGUAUUUAUUAUAUAUGGUUGACGUAAACAAACUUUUUGAUGUGGCUCUUGGGAUGUAUGACUUUGAUUUAGUCUUACAAGUUGCAAACAAAUCUCAAAAAGAUCCGAAGGAAUUUAUACCAAUGUUAAAUGAGUUGAACGAGAUGGAUAAAAACUAUAAGAAGUUCUCAAUUAAUAAACAUCUAAAAAGAUACAGUAAAGCAGUCAAAAGCCUAGUAAUGUGUGGCCCUGAGAAAUAUGAUGAACUGAAAACCUUUGUUAAGUACCAUAGCUUGUACAGAGAAGCUUUGGGGCUGUUUUCUACAGAUGAGGAAAUUUAUAAAGUUAUAUCGAACGAUUUUGGCGUUCAUUUGCGUUUAAAGAAACAGUAUAUUGAAGCUGGCAUAGUAUUUGAGCGAGCUGGUAAUUAUGAGAAUGCUAUAGAAUGUUACAAAGAUGCUUUAGAAUGGGAACUAGCUGUGAAAAUAGCACACAAAAUGUACUCACCGGAACAAUUCAUGGAAUUCUGUUGGGAGCUUAUCAACACACUUAAAGAAGAAAAGAGACACCAAGAAGCUCUCCAGAUAUUGGAACAGUACUAUAAAGAUAUUGACAAAACAAUUUCCUAUGCAAUAGAAUGUGGUCAAUACAAAACUGCUUAUAGGCUUUGUGCACAAUAUAAUAAAGAUGAGCUUAAAGAAAAAUAUCUUUUACCGGCAGUGUUGGAAGAGUACAAGAAUCUAAAAGAACUAAUAGAAUCCAAUUGGAGUACCUUCAUUAAGCAUAAAGAACGUCUUUGUGUUGUGAGAGAAAAUAAGAGCAAACAGCCAAUGGAUAUGUAUGAAUCUGCUUAUUACAAUAAAGAUAGUGAUCUAUAUUCAGAUGCAGGGAGUACUCUAGCUUCGUCGUCGCGAGGUUCAAGCCGAAGUUUUCGAUCCAGUAAAAACAGAAGAAAACACGAACGUAAGGUAGCCUCACUGAAAGAGGGUUCUCAGUAUGAAGACGUGGCAUUGAUAAUGGCCCUCCAUAGCCUAGUUACAUCGUCUUUCGAUUUGAGACUACAAGUGAAAAAUGUCAAUAUUGCACUUGGCUGCAUGAAUAAAGAUACGGAAGCAUUCAUCUUACAGACAUCACUGGAUAAACUUUUGAAAGAAAUGAAAGAUAGUUUUAAAGAUAUUUGGACUAAUGAAUUGGUAAUAGAAUCAACAAAUGCUGUGAUAGCAGCUCAAAAUGUUCCAGAAGGUUCCAGUGUUAUACCUCAAGGAAUCGCAACAUUAGAACCCCACAUUCGAAUAGCCCCAGUGAUUCAUGACGUCAGCUGGAAACUAGAAGGAUUGAAUUAAUUAUUAAAGAAAUGUGCAAUUUAAAUUAAACACGUCGUUUGAAACAUGUAAUAAUAAAUCUGUUUUUUUUUAA